UCAACAUCACGACACGCUGCUGCCAAUGCUGUGCAAUCGAUGAAUGCACACUUCACUACUCUGGCGCACGCGCAGAUGCAGUUUCAGUCGCAGCUGCACCAGAAGCUAUCAGCAGCCCGUUUGCCGCCCAGUGGUCAUCUGGUCAACUACUUCCGCAAUCCCAACCCGCCAAGCUCGCCCACGGAAAAGUCUCCCACCAGCACCACUAGCACUAGCGGCUGCACCACCAAUUGCACCACCAGCGGUGCUGCAGCCUCCGGCGGCAUGAGCACGGCCCAGCUCAAUCCGCUGAGUGAUUUGCAAAACAUGCAGCCCUUCGACUUUCGCAAAAUCAAUUCGGCCACUCUGAGCGCUUUCUCGGCGCUGCCGCCACCACUGCCGCUUCCACAGACGUCGUCGUCGUCGUCGCAUCCGCGCGACAUGAGUCCCACGGAGUUUGUGCAUCAACAGCAUCUACAACAGCAGGCGGUGCAACAGGCGGCGGUUCUUGCGCAGGCGCGGCGGCGCAUCAACCAGGCAACCACCCCGUCGGAGAAAAGUGCGGCAGUUGCUGCGGCGGCUGCAGCCGCGGCCCAAAGCAAUCAGUUUUUCAGUGCAAUUGCCCUGGCCGGUCAUCCGUUGCCGUACCAUUUGCCACCACCACCGCCUCCACCGCAUGCACCGUCCCAGCUGCAUGUCUCACCGUCGAAUGUGGGAAGUGGCGCCACCGCCAGUGGUCUGACGAGCAAUCAAGUGGCCGCCAUUGCCGCUGCCGCUGCCUCAUCCGUAAAUCCCAUGCCACAUGCUCUGAUGGCGGGUCAGGCUUUUGCGGGCAUGGCCUCCAAUCUGGAGCUGGCGGCGACCGGUGGGUCCAAGGGCCAGAACACGUGCAAAGCAGACGCUGGUAAGCCAGUGAACAGUAGUCAACGCGAAGAGCACAGUCAUGUGCAUGAGCCGCUCUCCAUGUCGCCCAGCAACCAAUUCCAUCAGCAUCCACACGCACAUGCACAUUCGCAUCCACACUCGCAUACGGUGGCGCGUUCAUCGGCCUCCUCCCCCUCAGCAGCAACGGCAGGGUCCUCCAGCAUUGGCGGAGCCGGCAGCAACUCAUACCAAAAUCAGAUAGUUUCAGAUGCAUGUCUCAAGUCGCGUCAUAUGUCCGGCGAUAAGUCAGGCGGCUCCUCCUCGUCUUCGUCACAGCGCAUCACACGUCUAGCGGUAGCGUCCAAUUUGCGAGGAGGUCGCAAGGCGCACUCACCGGGCAAACGCCAGUGGGGUUCCAUGCCAGCAAAUCUGGGUACCCAGUUCAUUAAUCCGGUGACGGGCAAGAAACGAGUCCAGUGCAAUGUUUGUCUGAAGACCUUCUGCGACAAGGGUGCUCUCAAAAUUCACUUCUCGGCCGUACAUCUGCGUGAAAUGCACAAAUGCACUGUAGAUGGCUGUAGCAUGAUGUUCAGUUCCAGACGUUCGAGGAAUAGGCAUAGCGCCAAUCCGAAUCCCAAGCUCCAUUCACCGCACUUGCGACGCAAAAUCUCCCCACAUGAUGGACGAAGUGCUCAACCGCAUCCGUUGCUACUGCAAGCACCUAAUGGAAUAAUGGCGGGUCUGGGUCCAUUUGGCACUUUCCCAUUGUUAACACCACCGCCAGACCUGAGACAUCACUCGAUGGGUUCGCUGGAACUAAAGCAUGGUCAGGAGUAUUUGCAACGAUCCUACAUGGAUAACGGUAUGCUGGGACGCUACGAAGCCCAACGUGGACGGGGUAAAGAGCAUUCGGAGGAGAUGGAUGCCGAUAUCGAUGGUGACGAUGAUGACGAUGAUGAAAUAUUGGAGGUUGGCAUACAAAUCGGCGACUACGACGAUGAUGAUGGCGAUGAUGAUGACGGCGAUGGCAUUGUGGUUGUGGGUGAUGAAUUAGAUAGCAUACCGGAGAAGGCGAACCACGAUGAUUUUGUCAUGGACAAUGAAAGUGAUGAGCGAUCUACCUUAGGUGACAAUACGUCAGGAAUCUCUAGCCACAGUCAAACCAAAGAAAAGAGUCUAGAAAGGACGCAUGGAGUAGGAGAGGUGGGGGAGUUCAAUGCUGAGGAAAAUGCCGAUGUGGAUGCAGAUGUGGAUCCCGAUAACAUGCAUGGCGAACAGGCUAAUGAUGACUCUUUAAGUGUAACUGAUUCAUGUGGCGAUACGAGUGGACAAACUCCUGGUAGUUUGACAGGAAAUGUUGCUGGUGCUUUAGGCGCUUUAGCCCUUGCCAGUAAGCGCAAGCGUAAGAGUCAAAACCCCGUACGCUGUACUGUGCAAUCCGAUGACAACUCCUGUGAGAAUUCCCUGGAUUAUGAUGUUGCCGCUGAUCUGUCCAUCAAGAAAACAAAGCCGAGCGACGAUGAAGCGGCCGCAUUAGAUGCCAAGCAGUCAGCCAAAGAAAACUCCUCAAGUUCCAGUGAGUCAACCAAGGCAAUACCCUCACCGCCCCUAACACCCUACGCAUCGACAGAUCUGAGCAAGCACACCAUUAAAUCCGAAUUGGAAGAGCCCCAGGCCAAGCAGGAGCAAACCUUGGACCUAUCGCUAAACACAACCGCCAGCAUUGGUAACUCCGCUUUGGAGCCAGCUGCCAACAAUCCAACAUUGGCGAGUUCCAGCAUUAAGCAGGAGCCCAUGGAUGAGCUAAUGCAUUAUGCCGAUAGUGAUGAGAAUCGCUAUUUGCGCAUCAAGCAAGAGCUGAUGGGCGAUGAAACUCUGGGGGGCUAUGGCAAGGAAAUCGAUAUGGAUGGCAAUGCGAAGAGCAGCAAUAACAACAAUGAGGACAAGCUAACCGAAGACAGUCCCAUAACACCACCCACAGAGCGACUGCUGAAAGCGGAUGCCAAUGGUGAUUACAUUGCCGAAGAGCCCGAGGUGCCAAUCGAUAAAGAGAAUCCAUUGAAGUGCACGGCAUGUGGUGAAAUAUUUCAAAAUCAUUUUCAUCUCAAGACGCACUAUCAGAGCGUCCAUUUGAAAUUGCAUCAUAAGUGCAAUAUCGAUGGCUGCAAUGCCGCCUUUCCCUCGAAGCGCAGUCGGGACAGACACAGCUCCAAUUUGAAUCUGCAUCGCAAGCUGCUAUCCACUAGCGAUGAUCAUGGAAAUAAUCAUCAUACGCCUGCUACCGCCGCUGCGGCUGCUGCAGUUGCCGCUGCCGCCGCCGUGGAUCCCUUGCUGGAGUUCAUAAACAUAAAUAAUAAUAAGAACUUUGGAGGCGGUGCGAGCGGACAUGCGGCCAACAUGCCAAGCUCAAUUCAAGCCGAAAUUCUGGCGCGCCUAUGUGCCGGAGCUCGUGGGCUAAAUGUGCCACUCUGCUUUGAGGCACUGCAGCAUCAUAUUGCCGCCGCCAAUGCCGCGGGCAGCGUUCGCAGUCAUGGGCAUGGACAAGGUUUCUCCCCCGAAGCUCCGCCCCAAACGAAUGCCUUCCUGAGCGAUCCACGUCUACAGCUCAAUCACAUCAGUAACCCGUUGCUGUACCAUGGACUGUCACGUAUACCACGCUUCCCGCCGCUAGCGCCACACAUGCUGGCCAGCAGCCCCUUCCAAACGUUGAGUCCCUUUUGUCGACGCACUUCGUCCGAUUCGAAUUCACAGCAUUCGAUAACGCCGCCGGUGGGCACACGUUCCUGUGAGAGCACCUCAUCGUUGGGGAACAGCAACAGCAACAACAAUAACAAUAGCGGUAGCAACAACAAUGCCGCCUCAAAAACGCACUCACCCACCCAAUACCCAACAAUGCGUCCCGUCUCUCCUGAAUACGAUUCACAGCAUGCGGCUAGAGGCGGCAUUGGAGUCGGAGUCGGCGUUGGAGUCGGCGUCGGCGUCGGUGGUGAAGAGGAGGCCGCCAACAAUUCGCUGCACUCAAGUCCAGGCAGCUCGGUGGCUGCGACUGCGGCUGCGGCUGCGACUGCGACUGCCCAUCAUCUAGCUCAAAGGCAAACACCCGAUCGCAUAUCAUGACCAUGUACCUCGUAUUAUGCCAAAGCACUGGCAUUUUAUCACUAAAUGAAUCAAAACUCCCUUGCCCCCGAGAGACACAUGUGGACCAUGUGGACCGUGCAGACCGUGCAGACCGAAUAAUCCACUCCAUGUGUCCAUGGCCAGUCUCUCGCUGCCGCUGUCGCUGUCGCUUCAACGUCGCUUCAUUGUCGAGCUCCACUGACAUGCAAUAUCAGGCUAAAAAUCUUAGUAAUACAGCAUUGCUCAUAAUCACUUAAAGGAAAGGAAAGGAAAGGAUGAAAGGAAGGCGCAGGCGGUUGUCAAAGUCAGGAGGUCUUUGUCUUUUAAUAGUACAUUAGGAGUAAACAUCAACCGCGCUCAUAAUAAAUCAACUUUUACUAGGCUAAUACUAUAUAAAUAUAAAUAAUAUUAAACACUAGAAUGAUCAACUAGCAUUUUUUUUUUCUAUAUAUAUAAAACUUUUUUUG